GUGGUCAUCCGUGCAUACGCUGAUUAUUAUUAUAUUUGCUUUGGCUGCUGUUUAUAUAUGCUGUUAUUGCUUACUUACUGCUGUUGUUCACAUAUGCUGAUAUGCUUACUUAUGUUGAGAUAUACUCUCAUUGUAAAUGUUUAGACUUUGGUUUAUUCAUUGGAAAUUUGUAUAUACCUUACUUAUUACCUCUGUAGUAUGAGCAGUACUGUAGCAGAUUAGUACCAGUUCUGACCUACUAUACCUAGCCUAGGAUAUAGUUUCAGGUAUGAGAAUUUAUUUUGGUUCUAUUAUAGUAACUGCUAUUCUUCUUAUGAGGCUGUAUAUCAUUGACACUCUCUACUUACAUGUUAUGCUCAUGCACUAUCUCUUUCCUUACCCGCUGAGUUCUAAUACUCACCACCCCACAAAAUGGUUUUCUUUCGCCAGGUAACAGAUAGAUGAGUCAUGGAUGCUUGGAGAGAUGCCGGCUGUCAGUCCUAGUCUUUUUUCCGUGCGUCGUUUCUUCUUGUGUCGAAAACUUCUCCUUGCACCGUUUCUCCCGUGCGCCACCUUCUUCAUACUGCUGUCUUAACUAUUAUUACAUACACAUGACAAAGAUAAUACACUUGAAGGACAUAGUUCCUGCAGCAACUAACACUGUCAACGCACAAUUUAUACUGCUGGAGAAAGGCGGCAUUGCUCGGGAUGGGAAAGAGAUGACUUGCCCGGCAUUAGUAGCUGACGAGACCGCAUCAGUUCACUUCCAAAUGUGGGGAAGUGAGUGCGAGAUCUUUGAGCCCGGCGACAUCAUUCGCCUCGCUGAUGGAAUAUUCUCUUACCACAAGAACAAUCUGGUGCUCAGGGCUGGCAAGAGAGGCAAAGCUGAGAAGGUUGGAGAAUUCACCAUGCUGUUCGUGGAGACCCCAAACAUGAGCGAGAUCCGAUGGGCACGCGAUCCUAACAAUCCGAAGAAGUUUGUGCAGGAAGCUAUUGUCUCGCCACACUCGAGGAUCUUUGGACCCUCAAAAUAAUGCCCCUUUGGAUGUUCACGCUCAAGAAUUCAGAUUGUAUAUUUUGUGUUGUCUUCCAAAGUAGUGGUAAGAAUGGUGGUGGAUUAGAGAGCAAACCAGAAAUCUAUAGGCCUGAAAACAUUAUUUAACUUGCAGGGCGAAAAACGUCAAUAUUUUGAGUUCGGAUUCUCUAUACCUAAA